UUCAAAGUUGAAUUGUUCUUCUUCAUAGACCAUGAAGCCUCCCAAAUUCACUUCAAUAAAUUAAAGAAAUGAAAUAGGAUUAUGGUUUUGGUGUGUUUUAAUAAUGGGAUAGGAUUAGUUGUGACUUGUGAUCUCAGCUUUAAGUCCCAUUCAAAUCAAAAGUAAGAACUUUGGACGUUACAUAUUUCCAUUCUGUACAGCAACAGCAAAAUGGGUACCCCUUCGUUCCAUGAAUUCAAAAAGCAAGCUUCUUUCUUCCUCAAGGAGAAGAUCAAGAGUGCUAGAUUAGCUCUCACAGAUGUCACCCCUGCAGAACUGAUGACAGAGGAAGCAACAACAGGAAAUCCAUGGGCCCCAGAUAUCCCAACACUAAGAUCAAUUUCAAGGGCUGCUUUUGAGGUAGAUGAUUAUUGGAGGAUUGUGGAGAUUCUGCACAAAAGGUUUCUGAAAUUUGAUAAGAAGAAUUGGAGGGCAUCUUACAAUUCUCUGAUUGUGCUUGAGCACCUCUUGACUCAUGGACCAGAAAGUGCGAAAGAUGAAUUUCAGUGUGACAAAGAUGUUAUUAGACAGCUGAAAAGCUUUCAAUAUGUUGAUGACAAAGGGUUCAACUGGGGCUUGAAUGUGAGGAAGAAAUCUGAGAGGAUAAUCACACUUCUAGAAGAAGCAACUCUUCUCAAGGAAGAGAGGAACCGUGCUAGGAGGUUAUCAAGAGGAAUUCAAGGUUUUGGUAGUUUCUGUCAAAGGUCAACAACAAAAACUCCAGCACAAGGUAUUUUAAGAGAGAAAUCAAUGCCAACCACAUUAGGAAGAAGCAACUCUGAAUCCAACAACCUUGAACAUGAGGAGAACCAUUUCUCUAGUUCAAAUAAUGGUGUGGAAACCAAGAGCUACCAUGAUGAUAUUGGCAACAAUGAAAUGGUUCUGAAAUCUGAAACAAGUUCCAAAGAGAACAGGGAACCAAGCAAGGAUGAGUUCCAUCUAUGGAACCUUUCCAAAGGGGAGUCAAAUCCACUUUUGGAUGGUGGAAAAGAGGAUUCAAGACUUGGGAGGUUCAUGGAAGAUAAUGAUGAUGACCACCCUUUCAAUUCAACAUCAGAAAUGCAUGCCAGUUCCUCAUUGCUUUCUGCUAGAGAUGGGAUACUACAAGGGUGUUGAUGCAAUUGGAAGGUUUGGAAUUGGGCUAAACAACUUGUUUCCAAAUGUUGAAUUUUCCAUGCACAAGAACGUUUAAUGGUACAUGAAUUCAUGUAUGUGACUUAUAUUUUGUUUUUUUCUCUUUUGUUUUUUUCUCCCUACAACUUUGCCUCAGUAGUUACGGUUAAUUACUAAACUAUGAAGAGAGAGAUUUGAAUGUAUAUAUGUUUCUUUUUAGAUUUGACAUAACUAGGAGAGAGAUCCUCCCCUUGUCUAGCCAUCUGUUUAUGGUGGUGUCAUGCAAUUUGAAUA